GACUGAUCCCGGAACAGAACGGACGGUGAAACCUUUUCUCCUUCCCGGUAAAACAAGCGGAACUUAAAAUGCGAGGUCUCGGUGCGCAGAGCUCGGUUCUGGCUCUCCUGAUGAUAAGCCUUCACGCCGCUGCACCACGGAUUCACUCUCUGAAGUUUCUCUUCACUGCGACCUCUGGAGUCCCAAACUUCCCAGAGUUUGUGUCUGUUGGGCUGGUGGAUGAAGUAGAGAUUUAUCACUAUGACAGUAACACCAGGAGAGCAGAAUUCAGACAGAACUGGAUGAGCAGAGUCACAGAGGAGGAUCCUCAGUACUGGGAGAGGGGGACUAAGAUCCUUAUGGGCCACCAGCAGGUCUUCAAAGCCAACAUUGAAACAGUAAAACAACGCUUCAACCAAACUGGAGGUGUCCACAUUUACCAGAGGAUGUACAGCUGUGAAUGGGAUGAUGAGACCAACAAGGUUAAGGGUUAUGAUCAGCAUGGUUAUGAUGGAGAAGACUUCAUAUCAUUUGACCUGCAGACAGAGCAGUGGAUUGCUCCUAAACCGCAGGCUGUCAUCACCAAACACAAGUGGGAUAAUGACAGAGCUCUGAUAGCACAUAAGAAGAACCACCUGACUCAUUUGUGUCCCGAGUGGCUGAAGAAGUACGGGAGGAGCUCUCUGACGAGAACCGAGCGUCCCUCAGUGUCUCUCCUCCAGAAGACUCCCUCCUCUCCAGUCAGCUGCCACGCUACAGGUUUCUACCCCGACAGCGCCACCCUCUUCUGGAGGAAAGAUGGAGAGGAGCUCCAUGAGGACGUGGACCUCGGAGAGGUCCUCCCCAACCACGACGGCACCUUCCAGAUGAGGGUUGACCUGAAACUGUCCUCCGUCCCUGCUGAAGACUGGAGGAGGUACGAGUGUGUGUUCCAGCUGUCUGGUGUGGACGAGGACAUGGUCACCAAACUGGACAAGACCAGGACCAACACGGAGAAACCUGCUGGCUUCACCUUCAUCAUCAUCAUCGCUGCUGUGGCUGUUCUUGGCCUCAUCGCUGCUGUGGUUGGAUUCUUGGUGUAUAAGAGUGUGGUGGCGGGCGUGGUUUCAGCUCGGCUGCAGGUGGGAGAGAGGGGGAGCGGCUCGGGGAACAGUGCCAGGUGAAAGCAAUAAUCAGCU